GUCCUGUCUGCACUCUUAUCAGUGCAUGUGUCACACUCUGGCUGACCAGUUGACAGAGCAGGUGUAAGUGACACACUGAGCAGCAGUAGUCAGCAAUAUGUCUGUGAUAGAGUCAAAGACGGAGCUCUUCACCGUGGCUGGGACUGACACUGGGGACUCAGGGCCAGGUUCAGGGGUAGUCAACUCCAGGAAUAUAGUCACCACCUUUGAGAGAUUUAUCCAGCCGUGCUUGGCUGAGGUGUUAGGGUGCACUCUCUUCAUCUUCGUGGGAUGCGGCUCUGUUAUUGAGAAUGCCGGCGUUCCAGGGAGCAUCCAGCCCGCUCUGGCUCAUGGGCUGGCACUGGCGAUUGUUAUCGCUGUACUGGGAGAGAUCAGUGGUGGCCACUUCAACCCAGCUGUGUCUGUGAGUGUGUGCGUCAGUGGAGGACUGGACGUCAUCCUACUGGGGCCAUAUAUACUCUCACAGAUAGUGGGGGGGAUGACUGGGGCUGGAUUGGCAAAGGCAGUUUACUCCAUCAUCAGCUAUGACAGUGCAGCAGGGGGAGCAUUCAACGUGGUUAAAACCAGUGGCAACAUCGGCAGUGCCGCUGUAGCAGAGAUGGUCAUGACCCUCUUCCUGUCCCUUGUGGUCUGUAUGGGGGCCGUCAAUGGCAGGACCCGUACCCCACUGGCCCCACUUUACAUUGGGCUCACUGUGACUGCUAAUAUACUGGCUGGCGGGUCAGUGUCUGGAGGGUGUAUGAACCCAGCGCGGGCGUUUGGCCCUGCAGUGAUGGCUAACUACUGGGAGUACCACUGGAUCUACUGGGUGGGACCGGUUGCAGGGGCCCUUAUCACUGGCAGCUUGGUCAGGUUGUUGUUUGGAGACCAGAAGACACGUCUUGUUCUGAAGUAAAAGUGUUAUCUUGGAGACACAGGGCAUUGUCUUCCAAAAUAUUUUAUUUUCCUUUAUAGCUUGCAGAACUUUUGUAUUUCACAUCUUGUCGUACACGUCAUAUUGUUUUGAACUGUACUGUAUAACAAAAACAAUUUGCAUAAGUACAGUACAUUCAAACCUAUGGUCACGUCUGGCCAUUCAACCUAUCAAUCAUUGUUUAUGUUUGGUUCAAAGGUCUUUAAUGGAAAACAUGAAUCGUUUUUACUAUUUUAUUACACUAUAGGUGGUGUAAUAACUUUUUGAACUCAACAGACACAUUGAACUCACUGACUGAUUAAAUCAAUUCUAAAUCAUACUUCAACUGGCAUGCAUAAAUUAUUUUGUAUUUUUUUAUUUCACCUUUAUUUAACCAGGUAGGCUAGUUGAGAAAAA